ACGCGUGUCAAAUCCAGUGCAACCACUUUUAUAGUUACCAAAUACGGAACAAAGACUUCCAUUAGAACGCGUGCCAUGUACAAGCGUAAAUCUUCAAGUAUUGUAUUAAGGGACAGCGCGGGCCCGGGCUCUGCCCUCAAAAUGAAGAACAACAACGCCAAAGGUUCUGUUAGCAAUGUGGACACGGAUGAGGCGAUGACGAUAAAGGCGUAUGAGAAUGAGACCGUUCAAAUGGACAUGUCUCAAGACCAUCAGGAGCAACAGCCGCUAAAAUCGCCCUCUCAAUCCCAUCCAGUUCAGCAGCGCUCUGUGGGCUCGCUCGUCUUAUUAACUCAAAAAUUUGUGCAGCUCAUGAAGUCCAAUGGUGGGUCCAUUGAUCUGAAAGAGGCCACGAAAAUCUUAGAUGUGCAGAAGCGUCGUAUUUACGAUAUAACUAAUGUGUUAGAGGGCAUUGGCCUGAUCGAUAAAGGCAGACACUGUUCCCUAGUGCGCUGGCGCGGAGGGGGGUUCAACAAUGCCAAGGACCAAGAGGAGUACGAUGUCGCUCGUGAGGGUACCAAUAAUCUGAAGAAGGAGGAAGAAGACCUGGACAUGCAGCUAGAGUAUGCGCAACGGAAUUUGCGAUAUGUAAUGCAAGAUCCAACAAAUCUCUCAUAUGCCUAUCUAACGCGGGACGAUCUCCUGCAAAUAUAUGCUGAUGACUCCGUCUUCACCAUACCCAAUUACGACGAAGAGGUGGAGAUCCAGCGCAGUGAUAACGAACUCCGCGUUUCCCUGGAUAAUGGCAGCACCAUUGAUAUACGGCUGGUCACAAACCAGGGAAAGAGUACAACAAAUCCAAACGAUGCUGACGGUUUCUUUGACUAUCGCCGCUUGGACACCCCAUCUCCAUCGACCUCGUCCCGAUCCAGCGAAGAUGGCACCGGUCCCACGAGCACUGGAAACGUCAUCACUGACGAGCAUACGUACUCAUGCAAUCCCGAUCUAAAGGAGGAGAUGAAGCUGCUGGAAAACGAACUCACUGCGAAAAUAAUCUUUCAAAAUUACAUGACUGGCCACUCGCUGCGAAGGUUCUAUCCCGAUGAUCCCAAUUUAGAAAAUCCCCCACUGGUCCAACUGAACCCGCCACAUGAUGACUUCAACUUUGUCUUGAAAAGUGACGAAGGCAUCUGUGAACUCUUUGACGUACAAUGCUCUUAGCUGCUGGACGGACGGGACUUACAACGACUUUGUAACGAUUGUAAUGGGCCGAGUGCGUUGUGCAAAUAUUUAUGAUUAGUACAAUUUGACCUUUUGAUUUCUUUUAUAGAAGUAGAAAUUUUAACUAGCUUAAUUCCAUGUAUUUUUGGCAGACUAACAACAAACCAAUAAAUUUGUAGGCACACGCA